UCAAUCACUGUGAACCUGCGUUCACGGAAACAAAUAGAAUAAAUAGUGCCGAAGAAUAAUAUUUUUUUAAGUCCAGUCCAUUGUGUAGUGGUUCAUCAAGAAGUAUUUCUCCAUCAGAAAAUCCAGGAACAUUGAAGUGAACGCUAAGAAUCGGUGAGCAAACUAUAAAUCAGAAAGAUGUCCAACUGGCAGCAGCCACCAAAUCCAGGAUACUAUCCAGGCCAACAAGGCUAUCCGUACCCGCCGCAACCCGGUUAUCCACCACCAGGAGGGGAUUUCAAUCAGGGAUAUCCACCUCCUCCAGCUCCUGGCUUUGUUCCUCCCGGAGGUUACGGUCAAGGACCACCACCGCCACCCACAGCAGCUCCUUUCGGGGGGCCACCACCCGGCACCGGAAUGUACGGUUCUGGCUACGCUGAGGAUCCUAUGCAGGAUGAAAUAAAGGGCUUCGGUUUUUCCGAAAAAACCAUUCGAAAUGGCUUCAUCAGAAAAGUCUACUCCAUCCUCAUGGUGCAGCUGUUAAUAACAGCUGCUGCGAUUUCAUGGUUUAUGUAUCAUGCACCAACGAGAAGAUUCGUGCACUCCCAUCCUGCCGUCUUCUGGAGCGUAUUUAUCAUCACGAUUGUCCUUAUCAUCGUCAUGGCCUGCUGCACUAACGUCAGGCGCAAAGCUCCCAUGAAUUUUAUCUUUCUCUUCAUUUUUACCGUCGCUGAGGCGAUUCUAUUGGCCACCGUAGCCUCCAGCUACAACGCUGAUGCGGUACUUAUGGCAGCAGGAAUCACAGCAGCUGUAUGCUUAGCCCUGACACUAUUCGCUUUCCAAACGAAGUACGACUUCACCGGCUGUCACACCGUACUCUUCGUCGCCCUAGUAGUCCUCAUGCUCUUCGGCAUAAUUGUCACCUUCAUUGAUGGAAGCAAAGUAAUGCACCUCGUCUACGCGUCUCUAGGUGCCCUCCUGUUCUCCUUUUAUCUCAUCUACGACACCCAGAUGAUGCUUGGAGGCAAGCACAAGUACUCGGUCUCCCCCGAGGAGUACAUUUUCGCAGCACUCAAUCUGUACCUCGAUGUUGUCAAUAUCUUCAUGUAUGUUCUCGCGAUCAUUGGCUCUUCACGCGAUUAAUAACCAUCUUGGGAUGAUUAUAUGAACUGAUGAAAUUGUAAGGAUUUCAUAAUGUACUGACAGGAAGGAACAAGUUCGUUUAUUUCUCGCCAUGGAGGAAAUAAAUUUCAUGAGAAAAAACCUAGAUUAUUGGACGGAAAAUUCUAUGGCGUUUUUUUUAAUUCCACUAGUUUUCGGGCGAUUUAUGGAAGAAAACUCCUAGUUUACUGCGACUUAUAAUUUUAAAAAAUGUUCAAGGAAAUUGAUUCUUUAGAAAACAUGAGAUUCUUUUUAUGCUAGUUCGGCUAUUGAUAUGCCCUACAGGUACAUUAAUAUUGAUUUUUCCAGAUUUUUAGAUACGAUUCUUCUCUUAUUUGAACGAUGCCAUUUAAAAAAUGGAAAAAUUUAAGUCGAAGAAUGUUUAUGUCAAUUAAACAAGGCCAGCCGAUUAUUUUUCUACGCAAUUUAGACCGAGAUUAAAAUAUUUAAACUUUUCUAUAAAAAUUCCUUGACAUAAAUUUACCAAGUGUUUCUACUAAGUUUUUUCUCUGUCCAUUGAAAAAAAUCGAACAUUAAAAAAUUUGAGCCGUGGAAUUGUUAUGGAAAAUAUAUCAAUAGUAUGAAUUAUAUAGAAAGGACAGAUUCUAUGGACUUUUGUCUGUGGAAUAUUUUUUUUAUCGAACAUUCCUGUUCAAACAAAGCGCGCGCAGAUAAACUGGGAUUUUUUUUAGUAGAAUUAGCCAAAGAUUUACAUUCAGUUUAUAGAAUUUUCUCACAAACUGUCUAAGUUUUUAUAUGUAAUUUUUUUCGUCCGCAUAAAUGAAGAAAACAAUAACUUCUUGAUUGAUUUGGGAUUUAAAGAUUAAAGAGAAGUAUUAAAUCCAUGAAUUACGAUAAGUGUUUCGAUGUGGAAUGAUAUUUUUCAUGUUGUAUUACCUGAUAAUUCCCGUCUACGUGAUUAUUCGCGAACAAGACCCUUGAUUAUUCAAGCAAUCAAGAUUCAAGACCGUGUUUCAGUGGUGAAGUGGUAAAAAGGGAUGGAAUACAAGAGUAAAGAAUGUUUCAUCUGUUGAGGAUGAAAUUAUUAAGAAAAUAGCGUCAGAUUUUUACCAUUAAAAAUUUAAUCAGCUACAAAAAUAUCUCAGGACGUAUUUACAAUGAUUACACAUACUAUGAAGGCAGCUACAACCUUCCCAUCAUUUCUAACUACGGAGAAACUCGUCUGAUAUUUCGAUAAUCCGAUACAAAAUGAAAUUCGAGUUCUACAAUAACUGGGGGGUUCGAUACGGGAAUAUUUCGAUGAUGAGUAGUUGUAGAACUUGAUGUCCAUGCUUCGGGCCCUCAAGCAGAUGCAAUGAAAGUCUCCCAACAUGUUUGCUCCAAAACCUCUCGUUUCCGAGAUAUACUAAUAUUUUUAAUCACUUUUCACCACUUCACAUCUAAAAUUUCUAAAUUACCAAGAUGUACCAUCUGUUCUAGAUUGAGUGGCUUUAUCUAGUCUGUAAGUCAAUAUCGAAAAAAAUGUAAUUUAUUUCAUAUAAUUAAUUCCCAAUAUUCACUGGAGAACCAUAGGUAGCUGUUAUGUGAUAAUAUCGAUAUGGAGUAGUAAAGCGUAACGAAUCGGAGAUGCCUCUUCUUUUUUUCCCAUUAUUUCGACAAUGAGUUGCUUUAAGGGGAAAAUGCUCCAGACAUUUUCGGCAGCUAUGAAAACCGCUAAUUAUCGAAGUAAUUCGACACUUAAUUAACAAGAUGUUAAAAAUCGUUGUUUCAUUUAACGUUUUACGACUCUACAGCUGAUAUAAUGAAUUGUUUGACUCGUUAAAUUUUCCACGUCAUAUUUUUGUUAUGAAUUGAAUAUUACAUCGAUAUCGCACUGCUACUUCUUCGUAAUCCUGGAUUAUUGUUGCCCCUUUAUUAUUAAUCCCUUUUUUACUCGUAUUUGGAAGUAUUCAUUUUGAUAAUCUAAAUUAAGGCAUACUGUGAGGGUGUAGAACAUGGAAAGUGAGAAAUUUUGCAUUAUUCAAAAAAUCAAAAGUGAAGAAGUACGCAUUACCUACUAUUUAUAAGAUAAUAAUAAUAAUAAUUACGUUAUUGGCACUGUCGAGUUUACCUGUGGAUCAUGCUGAGACGUAUGAAGGAGAGAUGGGAGUAUUAAUUACUGCGGAAUGACAAUUCGGAGGUGAUUUGAUUGUAUUAUUGUAUUCAUUGAUUACUCUUGAAGUGAAUAAAAAUUAUUAUUCAAGUACGA